AACAUUGAAACCAUACAUUAACCCUCAAUUUUAUUUUUUUGUACCUCUCACUACACAAAUUCCAAUACAGUUACUUAAGAUCCAAAGCAGUUCCAGGGAUGCUAAAAGCAUGUUAUUUUCCUAUGCUUUCUCUACAUCUCACAUGAAUCCUUUCAGAAUUUGUCACAGACUCUUUAAUUGCGCUUCUUCCAUUCAUUUGAAGAAUUUGUCUAUUGUUUCCCUACCCAAAUCAGACCCAUUAGAUGUUAAUGUUGUUGAUGCCGAAUCUACCCGUGUAUCGAACUUGCAAAACAUACUGCAGUUAUGUGCUAAAUCAAGAUCUUCCAUUGCUGGAAGGGCAUGUCAUGCUCAAUUUAUUCUUGUUGGAUUUGAAACCGAUAUAUUAACAUCUAAUAUGCUGAUUAAUAUGUACUCUAAGUGUUCUUUAGUUCACGAUGCUCGCAUAGUAUUCGAUGAAAUGCCUGUUAAAAGCGUAGUUUCAUGGAACACAAUGAUUGGAGCCCUUACCAGGAUUGCAAAGGAACAAGAAGCCCUCAUGCUUUUUAUUCAAAUGCUAAGAGAGGGAACGUUGUUUAAUGAGUUUACUAUUUCUAGUGUUCUGUGUGAAUGUGCCUUCAAAUGUGCUAUACUUGAGUGUAUGCAGUUACAUGCUUUUUCAAUUAAGGUUUCUGUGGAUUCAAAUUGUUUUGUUGGAACUGCUUUACUUCAUGUUUAUGCUAAAUGUUCUUCGAUAAAAGAUGCGAGUAAGAUGUUUGAGAGUAUGCCUGAAACAAAUGCUGUUACGUGGAGUUCGAUUCUAGCGGGGUAUGUGCAAAAUGGGCUUCAUGAGGCGGCCUUGUUACUUUUUCGUGAUUAUCAAUUGAUGGGUUUUGAGCAGGACGCAUUUUUGAUAUCGUCUGCUGUUUGUGCAUGUGCAGGCCUUGCAACUUUGAUUGAAGGGAAGCAAGUGCAUGCCAUUUCUUGUAAAUCUGGAUUUGGUUCAAACAUUUAUGUUACUUCUUCUCUUAUAGACAUGUAUGCAAAAUGUGGUUGCAUAAGAGAAGCUUACAUUGUGUUUCAAGGUGAGGAGUUGAGAAGCAUUGUUUUAUGGAAUGCUAUGAUUUCUGGGUUUGGUAGACAUGCAUGCGCACUAGAGGCUAUGAUCUUAUUCGAAAAAAUGCAGCAGAGAGGCUUAUUUCCUGAUGAUGUAACAUAUGUAUCUGUACUAAAUGCAUGCAGUCAUAUGGGUUUGCAUGAACAAGGACACAAAUAUUUUGAUCUCAUGGUUAGAGAGCAUAAUCUUCGGCCGAGUGUUCUUCACUACUCGUGUAUGGUUGACAUUUUGGGUCGUGCGGGACUUGUUCACAAAGCUUAUGAUUUGAUAGAGAGAAUGCCAUUUAGUGCAACUAGUUCUAUAUGGGGUUCACUUUUGGCUUCUUGUAGAAUUCAUGGAAAUAUUGAGUUUGCUGAGAUUGCAGCCAAGCAUUUGUUUGAAAUGGAACCUGAUAAUGCCGGUAACCACGUCUUGCUAGCAAACAUAUAUGCAGCAAAUAAAAAGUGGGAGGAAGUUGCGAAAACGAGGAAGCUUCUUCGAGAUAGUGAAUUGAAGAAGGAUAGGGGUACAAGUUGGAUUGAAAUUAAGAAUAAGAUUCACUCUUUUACUGUCGGUGAAAGAAAUCAUCCACUAAUCAAUGAGAUUUAUGCCAAGUUGGAUAGUUUGGUGGAAGAGUUGGAAAAGCUGAAUUACAAGGUUGAUACCAAUAAUGACCUGCACGAUGUAGAAGAGAGCAAAAAACAGAUGCUUUUGAGGCAUCACAGUGAGAAACUUGCAAUCACCUUUGGAUUGAUGUGUUUGCCUAGUAAUAUACCAAUAAGGAUUAUGAAAAACCUUAGAAUUUGUGGUGAUUGCCAUAAUUUUAUGAAAUUUGUUUGUAAGUCUACAAGCCGAGAGAUUAUUAUUCGAGAUACAAACCGUUUUCAUCACUUUAAGGAUGGAUUAUGUUCUUGUGGAGAUUUUUGGUGAACUUUGUGGAUUCUGAUAUGUAUAAUUCUUUCAGUUAACUCCAAAUAAAGGGAGUUUUACAUCCAUCCCUGCUUUCUUAAACAACGGCAAAGAGAUUUUUAGAUGAAGGCUCAGCAUUGAUAAUCAUCAAUUCAUCUGUUGUAUAUCACAUAAGCCUUUUAUUUUAUUUUGACGAAACUGGUUGCUUUGAGUUUGUUGCAAAGUAUGACAGAGAAAGCUAUUAGGUAUCUUGUGGGAAGCAGAAUGUACAUGCAAAGGAUAAAAUGUAUUAAAGAUUCCAAAACUAAUGAUCUUACUCUUGAGCUUAUCAUGGGUCUGAAUUUCAUUCUAAGGGAAUGGAUUUCUGUCUUUGUUGCAUCAAGAAAAAGGCCCUUCAUUGA